AUGAAGUAUGACAUAAGCGGGCUGUAUAUAAAGACAGCCGAGGAGGUCCUAGGCACAGUGUGCAGGAUGGUGCGACUAGCAUUACCCGUUGUUGCCUUAGGGCUAUUCGCCUGCGUCUACGCAGCACCAGGCUAUGGUGGCGGCUCUAACGGAGGCGGUGGAUUCGGCGGAGGCGGCGGCGGUGGCGGCGGAUUUGGUGGCGGCGGUGGAUUCGGUGGCGGCGGUGGCAAAGGCCUAGGAGGAGGCGGUGGCCUGGGAGGCGGCCACGGCGGCGGUGGUGGCCUGGGAGGCGGCGGCGGCCACGGAGGCGGCUUGGGAGGCGGUUUGGGAGGCGGCGGCGGCCAGGGCGGUUUCGGCGGUGGCAGCCACGGAGGUGGCGGCAACGGCGGCUUCGGAGGUGGCGGCAAUGGCGGUGGCCACGGCGGCGGCGGCCAAGGUGGCUUUGGAGGCAGCAGCGCGGGCGCUCAAGCUUCAGCCAGUGCCAGCGCCGGCUCCGGCGGCUACGGUGGCUACGGCGGCGGCCACAAGGGUGGUUACGGACGCUAAGCAAACUACCAAAAAUGACCUCAUCCGGAAGAAUGGACAUCCCAAAAGCUCUUUGUGAUAUUAAUACCUAUCUUAUAAUUUUGCCAUAAUUUUGUUACAUUGUUUAUGUAUCAAAAAUUAUACUAGCACAAUUUAA